GGAGGCGUCGACGCCCUGAAGUUACUGCAAGGGUUCCGGCACCGGCACCGGCACCGGCAGCGGAAGUGGCUUAAGUAUAAAUUCAUGUUCCUACCUUAACCAGCAGGGUAUAUCUCUGAUUGAGGGAUGGUGAAGUUUUCAGGGUAUUCUUUGAUAUCUUCAUUUACACCAGUUCACUCUGUUGUCCUGAAAAGUCGUCGCAGAUUGUUUUUAGUUAAAUGUUGCAAAAAUUCAACUAAAUCAAGGGGCCUCAGUACUUGUGUUCAAGUGGAUCAAUUAUAUACCAAGGGCAACAUGGUUGCCAGACGUUAUCACCGUCCUUUGUUUAGUGUAGCUCCAAUGAUGGACUGGACGGAUAACCAUUUUAGGACUCUUGCUAGGCUUAUAUCAAAGCAUGCAUGGCUCUACACUGAGAUGCUUGCAGCUGAAACAAUUGUUUAUCAAAAAGGAAAUCUGGACAGAUUCUUGGCAUAUUCUCCAGAACAACAUCCAAUUGUCCUCCAAAUUGGUGGAAGUAAUUUAGAAAACCUGGCAAAAGCAACUGAACUUGCCAACGCUUACCACUAUGAUGAGAUAAAUUUCAAUUGUGGUUGUCCUAGUCCAAGAGUAGCUGGGCAUGGGUGUUUUGGUGCUCGUCUUAUGCUUGAUCCAAAGUUUGUUGGAGAGGCCAUAUCAGUAAUUGCUGCCAAUACCAAUGUUCCUGUCACUGUCAAAUGCAGGAUUGGUGUUGAUGAUCAUGAUUCAUACAAUGAGCUCUGUGAUUUUAUCUACAAGGUUUCUUCCCUCUCCCCAACCAGACAUUUCAUCGUACAUUCACGGAAGGCACUGCUCAAUGGCGUUAGUCCAGCUGAUAAUCGAAGAAUUCCUCCCCUCAAAUAUGAGUACUAUUAUGCCCUUUUGCGUGACUUUCCAGACUUAAAGUUUACAAUAAAUGGAGGCAUAAAUACUGUUACUGAGGUAAAGGCAGCACUAAGGGAAGAAGCUCAUGGUGUUAUGGUUGGGCGUGCUGCAUACAAUUACCCUUGGCAGCUUUUGGGACAUGUGGAUACUGUGAUUUAUGGUGCACCACCCAGUGGGCUCACACGCCGUGAGGUCCUUAAAAAGUACCAAGAAUACGGGGACUCUGUUCUAGGAAUAAAUGGGAAUAAUAGACCUAAUGUCCGGGACGUCGCAAAGCCUCUACUCAACUUUUUCCACUCAGAACCUGGAAAUAGUCUGUGGAAGCGCAAGGCUGAUGCCGCUUUCCAGGAUUGCACAACAAUGAAAUCCUUCUUUGAGGAAACCCUUGUAGCAAUACCCGAUUCUGUUUUGGAUUCACCGGUGGGAGAAAUACCAUCCGGUCGUGAAGAUCUGUUUGCUGGCGUACACAGUUUACUGCCACCUCCUUAUGAUGCAAGUGAACAAGAAGCACUGUAUGCUUAGAACUUUAUUUUCUCACAUUAGAUUCAUCUCAUUUCUAACCCUAACUUUCAACCUUUUUAUAUAUGACCAAACAACACAGGUCCAAUGUAUCACUGUGUAUCAAAUACAUCAGUUGAUUAUUGUCUCAAACACCCCUUAGGGGUUUUUGCUACAUUCUUCUUUAUUAUUAUAACAUCAGCAAGUUCCUGAGUGGGGUCAUUUUUGGAAUUGGAAUGUUUUGUUAUUU